AAGCUAAGCUACGUAGACAUUUCCAUUAUCCAGCAUGGCUGCGCCGCGCCUCCGAGUGCUCGCCGCCGUCGUGGCCCUCGCGGCGGCCGGCUGCGGCGCGUUCGAGUUCCAGGAGGCCACCGUGGAGGCCAUCCAGCUGGGCUUUAGGAACGGCAGCCUCACCUCGGCGGCGCUCGUCCGGUUCUACCUGGGCCGGAUCGCGCGCCUCAACCCGCUGCUCCGCGCCGUCAUCGAGGUCAACCCGGACGCGCUGGCGCAGGCGGCGCGCGCCGACGCCGAGCGCCGGGCCUCGGGGGGCCGCCUCUGCGCCGGCGGACUGCACGGCGUCCCCGUCCUGCUCAAGGACAACAUCGCCACCCGCGACCGCCUCAACACCACGGCGGGGUCCCUCGCGCUGCUGGGCUCCGUGGUCCCGCGCGACGCCGGCGUGGUGGCCCGCCUCCGCCGCGCCGGCGCCGUCAUCCUCGGCAAGGCCAACCCAUCCGAGUGGUCCAACUUCCGCGCAGUCAAGGAAGGCUGGAGCGCCCGCGGCGGCCAGACGAUGAAUCCUUAUGAUCUCUCGGCCACGCCAUGCGGGUCGAGCUCCGGGCCGGGUGUGGCCGCGGCAGCUAACAUGGCCGCCGUGACGCUGGGAUCGGAGACCGACGGCUCAAUCCUCUGCCCGUCGUCGUUCAACUCCGUGGUUGGGAUCAAGCCAACACUCGGGCUGACCAGCCGGUCAGGCGUCAUCCCAAUCACGCCGAGGCAAGACACCGUAGGGCCAAUGUGUCGUACGGUAUCCGACGCCGUCCAUGUACUGGACGCCAUUGUCGGCUACGAUAAGCUCGACGCUGAAGCUACUGGAGCAGCUUCCAAGUACAUCCCGCGUGGGGGUUACACGCAGUUCCUCAGGGCCGAUGGAUUAAGGGGCAAGAGAAUCGGUGUCUGUAAUGUGUUUUUUGUUGGGAAGGAUAAAGAGCAUUUGGACGUGUACUCGAAGCAUCUCGAUACAAUGAGUCAACAUGGCGCUAUCCUGAUCGGGGAUCUCGACAUCGCAACAAAUUUUAGUGAUCUAAGCGACAAAGAGAUGCUUCUGAUGAAAGCAGAGUUCAAGUUAAGCCUGAAUGCUUACUUGUCCGACCUGCUGCACUCACCGGUCCGCUCCCUUUCAGAUGUCAUAGCGUUCAACAACGCACACCCUGUGGAGGAGAGGCUCAAAGAUUUUGGACAGAACGACCUCCUGGAUGCAGAGAAAACCAACGGCAUUGGCGCCAGGGAGAGAGCUGCGAUCCGGCGGCUCAAGGAGAUAUCCGCCAACGGGUUGGAGAAGCUGAUGAAGGAGCACCAGCUGGACGCGAUCGUGGCGCUCAAAUGGGCCGCCUCCUCUGUCCUCGCCGUCGGCGGGUAUCCGGGCAUCGCCGUGCCGGCGGGGUACGACAAGGAGGGGGUCCCCUUCGCGAUAAGCUUCGGCGGGCUCAGGGGCUACGAGCCGAGGUUAAUCGAGAUGGCCUACGCGUUCGAGCAGGCUACCAAAGUCAGAAGGCCGCCGACUUUCAAGCACUAGCCAGUUCAGUAGUGGCAUGCUGCAAGAAAUUGCAAUAAUAAUUGGUACUCUGCAUGGUAAUAAUCGGACGCAUUUGGGAGGUGAAGACCUUCUGCGAAAAUGCUCUGUUUACACCGGUCGUUUAUGGUACUAGAACAAUCGGCGCACCAUGCACGUCCUACCAUUUCAAUAAUCAAAUCCAGCAAUGGGAUCAAAUGUUGUUUAAUUAAGGUAAUAUAGAUUCUUCACCCUA